GUGUAAUUUGGGACACCUCUCGUGCUGCGUGCAUAUCGACAGAGGUUGUCUGUCAUCUCCGCCCUCUGCCGUCAGUUGAAACGAGAUCCUUCCAAAACAUUUUCGUGGUUGUGCAAAAGCCACACAAAAGUGCAUUAUUCCACAAUUUCUAUUGUUCAUUCUGUGCAGUUACUCAAAACAAUCUAUAAAACGUGGUCGGGUGUGAAUAUUAUCAUCGUGAUUUAUAAUACCUACCUAUAAUAUUGAAUCGAGUUUUGACAGAGAUUGCCUAGCAUAGCUUUUAUUGAUUUUUGCACCCGCGAAGCUCGCAGAAUGUCCAGUUUCAAGCCCAUCGAUGGAUCGAAGGAGGAUUUCCGUAAGUACCUGGAUCGGAAAGGGGUGCUGGAUGCAAUAACGAAAGUUCUGAUCAAAUGCAACUCGGAUCGGCCGGAGAACGCCAUUGAAUACUUGCUGGACAAUUUGGGCGAACGGCUCAAGGACAAGGAUACUAUUGCGCGGCUGGAGAAUGAGCUGAACGAUGCCAGGAACGAGAUUGAGAUGCUGAAACGAGAAAUGAAUGCACUAAAACUGGCGAAUGCUUCGCCACCCAGCGCAGAUGGAACCGGUCCUUUGGCAGCAGAAUCCGUCCAGGCGGCUGAGAACUGUGCGAACCACUCGGAGAAUCCGUCCAGUAAGGUUGAGCCGGUUAAGGAGACGGCCACUGAAGACCGGGUGGUGACAACAGUGACCAAAAAUUCCGACGGUGCGGAGCCCUCGGGCGAUCCGAAAGAGUCUGUGCAGCAGUAAGAUGGUGUGGUCCUAAGUGGAUUAUAUUUGUCAUUUUUAUUUCCUCCUUGCUCAUGUAAUGCAUUAAAUGCUAUAAAGUUAUAGGCAAUUCUACCUAUUUCAACCCAACGUCGAAAUUGUGAAUUCUUAAUGCAAGUUUUUGCUCCCAUAUGUUGUCUGAAGACGUCCGGGAGUUUCUCCAGUACUUUAGCUCAAAAAUUUUGCAACAUUUUCUCCCGGUUUUUUUUUAUUGCGUAGUUCCCCAGGAUUUUUUUUGUCAGAAGUUUAUUCGAUAAGUCCUGCUGGAAAUGCUGUUGGAAAACCUUCUGGGAUACCGAACUAAUAACCUUCAAAUAUUUCCCCAGUUCUUCUUGGAUUACAUUUCGUAUAGGAAUCUCUUAGAACUCACUAAGAGAUAUUUUUGUAGAGAUUCUUUUAUGAUUGUGUUUGGGAUUCUUUCAUGUAAUCUCUAAGAAUGCCUCCAGAAAAUCUAUUAGGAUUCCUCACUGGGUACCUACUGGGAUUCCUCUAGAUAAUCUUUUACCAUUCUUAUCUCUUAUUCUUAUCUUUGAGAUGUCAUAUUUCUUCUAGAAUUUCUCCAGUUAUUUCUAAGACAAUCUCCUCGGGAAUGCCACCUAAUGUUCCACUACGAGUAUCGUCUGAAAUUCCUUUUUUGAUUCCUGUAAGAAUUUCUUCAAAUUCCUUUAGGUAAUCUUAGAGAAUUCUUCCAUAUGAUCUCUAAUAAUUACCCGGAAACAUCUUUUGGAAUAUAUCGAUGAGCUCUUUCUGAGAUUCUCCUUCGAAGCAUGUUCCUUAGAUUGCUGUAGAUAAAUCUAGUAAGUUUUGCACUCUUUUUAGAAUUCUUAAACGACGCUCUUCUUGAAUUUGUUGAGAUAAUUCCUUGAAAUUUCUAAGAAAAUCGUUUGAAAAAUUUAAAGAAGGAUUUUCGCCGAAAUUAUUAAAAAAAAAAACCUGGGGAUUUUCUACAUGUUCUUUCGGUAUUUCCAUCAGAAGUUCCACCCAGAAUUGCUCCAAAACUAUUAGGUUUCCCCAAGGGAGUUUUUCUGGGAUUGCUCGAAGAAUGUUUGGGAAUCAUUGGGAUUGUGCUUGGUUGUCUCUUGGAAUUCAAUACGAUAUCUUUGUUUGAGUCUCUAAAAGAUUUCCUGACUUUUGGUAUUUCUCCAGAAGCUCCUUCUGGGAUUUCCUCAGGUGUUACUUCUCGUAUUAUGUUGUAACGUGAAUUAUUCUGGGAGUUUUUGCCAGGAUUCUCUAAAAGUUCUACCAGCAAUUUUAAUUCCUUAAGAAGUUCGAUCCGGCUUUAACCCAGGAAAUUCCCCCAGGAGUUUCUUCUGAGAUUCACCCAGAUGCUCCUUCUUAAUUUCCUCCAUUAGUUCCCUCGUGGUUUUCUUUAGAAGUAAGUUGAUUCUAUAACAUUCCCCAGAAAACCAUUCCCCAGAAAACCAAUCCCCAGAAUUCCAUUCCCCAGAAUGUACCAUUCCCCAGAAAACCAUUUCCCAGAAACCCAUUCCCCAGAAUGUACCAUUCCCCAGAAUGUACCAUUCCCCAGAAAUCCAUUCCCCAGAAUGUACCAUUCCCCAGAAUAUAUCAUUCCCCAGAAAGAAAAUAAAACUAUUGUUUUAUUUCUGAAUGGUUUAUAUUAAUCGCUAAAAAUCAAAUAUUUAUUCGUAAAAAAAUACCGGAAGAAACAUCCUGCCAAAAAUUCUUAUUUGGCAUGAAAAACUUUGGAAAUAAGCAUGCUUUGCCUUCACAAUUUAGGCUAUUGGUAUAAUUAUUGGCAUCGCAACUGCUUACUUUUUCAACAUACAUAUUCCCUUAUUUUGUGCAUAGGCUCUUCUUUCGAAUUGCACUUUUCAGUAAAUUAUCGGCAUCAAAACUUCUUACAUUUUCUACGUAGUUUUUUCCUUCUUUUCUGCAUAGGCUGUUCUUUCGAGUUAAGGUAAUUAUCGGCACAGGUGUUUAGAAAUUUGAAAAAAAAUAUUAAAUUAAAUUAAAAUUAAAUAAAUAUAUUAGCAAUUUUAACACCGGUGGAGGCUGUAAUGCCCAUAAUUUCCUGAAAAGUGCAAUUCAAAAGAACAGCCUAUUCAAAAAAGAAUGGAGAAUCUAUGUUAAAAAAGUAAGCAGUUACAAUGUCGAUAAUUACCUGAAAAGUACAACUCGAAAGAACAGCCUAUGCAAAAGAAUGGAAAAUUGUUGAUGAACAUAUAAGCAGUUGUAAUGCCAACAAUACUUAUAACGACUCAAACAUUUUUUUAACGAAGAAGGAAACGUAACACUCUGAUAAUUGCCAUCGUACAUCGAUUUAACGGUUUAUUUGAGGGUUGACCAACUGGCAAUCCGCGGCGCUCGCAUCGUUUUUGUUCGAGUUUGACACUACUGCCACCUAGUCGAUGGUUGGCCAAAUUCAGUCCUUUUAGAAUUAACCUUCCAGGACGCGCGCCAUCGAGCAACCGAAACUGCACCGCGAGCACGUUAUACAACGAGCGAGGUUUUUUGGUGAUGUUGUACUUUUAACAACAGCGCGCGCGCUGAAGGGUUAAGCGAACCUGUUUCCGAGACUAAAAUUUUGAAUCGAAAAAAGUCGAAGGGUUACGUCUGUUUGUCUGUGGUGACAUCGUUUUCCUUUCGGCAUUCAAAAACCCAACACUGUUCCUUUUUUCAACAAGCUUUUUUUAGAAUUUAGGAAAUUGGUACAAUUAUAACUGCUUUCAUUUUCAACAUAGAUUUUUCCUUCUUUGCUGCACAGGCUGUUCUUUCGAAUUGCACUUUUCAGGAAAUUAUCGGCAUCACAACUGCUUACUUUUUCAACAUUCUCUUCUUUUCUACAUAGGCUGUUCUUUUGAGUUACAAUGUUUAGGUAAUUAUUGGCACCACAAGCACAGGUGUUUAGAAAUUUGAAAAAAUAUAUAAUAAAUAUAACAGCAAUUUAACACCGGUGGUUGUAAUAAUCCCCAUAAUUUCCUGAAAAGUGCAAUUCGAAAGAACAGCCUAUGUAGAAAAGAAGGGAGAAUCUAUGUUGAAAAUGUAAGCAGUUAUAAUUUCAAAAAUUUUACUAAUUGCCUUAAUUCUAAGAAAAAUAUUGUUUAAAAAGAAGGAACAUUGUUGGGUUUUUGAAUGCCAAAAGGAAAACAAUGAUACUUUUUUCCUUCUUCAUUAAAAAUAUUUAGAAUUGUUGGCAUUAAAACUGCUUAUAUGUUCACUUUUUCUAUUCCAUAGUAUUGGAAUAAUGAUAAAAGCCCUUAUCAUACCGCAUGAAUGAAGGGCCUUUGAAGCGAAUAAUUAGGAACAGCCGUUGGGAUGGAUUCCUCCAAACAUUUGCGUAGAAAAACGUGGUCAGUUGAGUCUUUCCGAGUAACUCAAAGUUUUCGACAGAAAAAUCUUUUUAAUAUAAACCGACCAUAAACUGGUCCAUUAGCAUCUUGUACACUGAACAACAUCAGAAGAAAAUACGUUUUCUCUGUAAAUUUUGCACAUCACUUUUAAAACUUUAUUUAUCGUGAAACAAGUGCUGCACAAUUUUCACAAAUCUGUCAAAAACAAAACAUUUUAUAGCAACGCAACUGGAAUGAUGACAGUUUGUGAAUUUUCAAGAUAGGUAUAAAGAUCAACAUGCAACUGUGUACAACGGUAAUUAAACGUUUGAACCAUUGUAGAAUAUUUUUAUGGAUAUACCGUAUAAGAAAUAGAUGUUUGCGCGUAAUAACACUAUAAUGUUAAAAUCCUUGCCUAUAACAUAUCAUGAUCAACAUUGUACUGUUUGUGUAUCGAAUUAAACUUUUUAGCCGAGCAUAUUAAGCUUUUCUGGGGAAUGGUGCAUUCUGGGGAAUGGAUUUCUGGGGAAUGGAUUUCAGGGAAAUGGUACAUUCUGGGGAAUGAUACAUUCUGAGAAAUGGUUUUCUGGGGAAUGGAAUUCUGGGGAUUGGUAUUCUGGGGAAUGUUAUAGAAUCAGUAAGUUCGUAUGGUUUUUUUACUGAAAUUCCUCCACAAAUUCAUUUUCAGAUUCAUCAAGCAUCUCAGAUCAAGCAGUUCUUUCUCGGAUUCCUCCCGAAAUUAUUCCUGAGUUUUGUCCAUAAUUUUCUAAAAUUUCAUCAGGGAUAGCUUCUGGAUUUUUUUUUUCCAGAAAAUGCUUUUGGAAUUCGCCUAUAAAUUUCUCAAGAAGUUCCUUCUAGGAUUUCUCCAGGAGCUCCUUCUGAGAAUCUUCCGGGAGUUCAUUGUGGGAAUCGUGGAAAUCCUGCGGGAAACAUUUUUAAAUCGAAUCCCUGGACUAAUCUUAAGAACUUUUUUGUUUGUUUGUGAUUCCUUAUUAAAAUUAAUUUCAAAUAGAUUUUUUGAUAUCUUUGACAUCUGGGCAACUGCUUGAUCGGCAAGUGAAAGGCGAUUAAACAAAUCGCUCCCAUACAAACUUAAAAAAUAAUCUUCAAAGGUUCCCGGGCCCCAAAAUUGUAAAAGCUGGCGUGCAGAUUCAGAACAUGGAGUGAUGGAAUUAUCCUUGGAAUUAUCUCAGAACCACUAAAGGAGCCAACUAUGUCUCCAGCAACUGUGUACUAGACCGGCCCACAUUUGUAUGAGACGAAAAAAAAGUUUUUAAAAUUCACGGGGCACCCUCUAGAAUCGUGCCUUUGGAUGAGAAGAACAAUCUGUGAAAGAUUCAGCUCAAUCGGUUAAAAACUGAGCUGGCGCAAAUGAGUUGAAGGUUUGUAUGGGAUGUUCAAUCGAAAUAUAUGGGAAAUUGGAUGACCUCCAGUCUCUGAUACGGCAUGCCGGUUUGGCGAGUUCAAUUUGGCUCAGAAUUGACAGAAUGGUAGUUGAGACCCUAAGGAACAACUUUGUAGAAGACCAUACCAUGAUAAAACUUAAUUUAGAUACGGUUUCAGCUUACGAAAGCAGAGUGAUGACAUCUUCCUUCGUUUACUCUCGGUUGUUACAUGCAGCACGUGUUUGCCGUUCGAAACCUGCACACUACAUCAUAGGCGGCUAUGUUGUCCUUCAUUAUUUCCAUUGCUCACGCACGUGGAUGGGCAUCGAAACAAUGAAGAAUUACAUAGCUGCCUAUGAUGUAGUGCGCAAGUUUCGACCGACAAACACGUGCUGUAUAUAACAACCGAGAGUGAACGGGGGAAGAUGUCCUCACUCUGCUUUCGUCAGCUGAAACUGUAACUAAAUUAAGUUUUAUCAUGAUAUGGUCUUCUACAAAGAUGUUCCUUAGGAUCUCAACAACCAUUCGUUCAAUUCUGAACCAAAUCGAACUCGCCAAACCGGCGUGCUGUAUCAGAGACUGGAGGUAAUCCAAUGUCCCAUAUAUUUCGACUGAACAUCCCAUACAAACCUUCAACUCAUUUGCGCCAGCUCAGUUUUUAACCGAUUGAGCUGAAAUUUUCACAGAUUGUUCUUCUCAUCCAAAGCGAUACUAGAGGGUGUCCCGUGGCAUUUUUCGACAUUUUUGUAUUUGGGCCAGUCUACUGUGUACCACACACGGCAUUUCUACCAGAAUUCUGACAGAAACUGGAGCAUUUACGUAAUAUUUUUGUUCUUCUUUAGUAUUAGAAAUAAUACGUGAAAUAGGCUAAAAGAGCAUUUUCAGCUGUCCCAGAUGAAGUAGAAAAUUUACGGAAUUCCUUGAGAAAAACUCCUGGAGGACUAAUUGGUAAAUUACUGGUUUAUUUCCAAAUGGUGCUCAUUAAAAUAUUCCUGUUAAAUUUUCCUAAGAACUAAGGAAAUUCCCGUUAUUCUUUUAACCCUCCUUUGGCAUUAGGGUCAUUUUUGACCCAUACCGUACACUACGUCAGCGAGCUGCUGCCAACGUGAUGCAAAAGGAAGGUUAAACAAAUAUAAGCAAAUGUUAAACCUGGUGGAGCUACCUGGAGAAACGUGGAUUGUUUUAAGGCAGAGUAUCGAAUCUGGUUAGAAACUUCUUAAAAUAUGUGGACCGAAACGGGUCUACCCUGUGUGGCAUAUCGUCCUGUGUUCCAUUUUGUAUAGUUAUUUUGCAGUUAGAUGUCCGGACAAUAUCAAUUAAAAACCCAAAUAAAUAAGGGAUUAAAAACUUCUAAUUUUCAUCCGUCUAUAAGGCUCCUGCGAAAAAUAGUGUAGCUGCACUCUGCAUACAGUCCAGUGGACAUGCAUGCAGAAAAAAAACCAUAUCACGUUUGCUGAAAAUGGUUUUAAAGUUCAUUUAAACUUUACUCUAUCGUGUGAAAUCAAACGCAUCUAGAAUAAAUAUAUUAAAACAGUCAAGUACAACUGAGUUGCAUGUGUUUAUAGAUAAGUGUGAAGAAAAUAAUUGCAUUCCUUCGUCGUAUAAUACACACGUUUAAGAUAUGGCAUCUUAGACUGUUUAGAGAAAACGUAUUACGUAAACCGUAGUCUACAUACUUAUAUACCUAGUCUAGUCAAAAAUAAAAAAUAAACGUUUAAAUACAGAACGAGCUGUUGAA